AUGAAGUACGCAUUUGUUCUCACGGCUAUGGCCGCUCUCGCCUCCAAGGUCGCCGCUGUCGGUGUCUCUGGCACCCCCGAGGGCUUUGCUUCUGCCGCUACUGGUGGUGGUAGUGCCACCCCCGUCUACCCUUCCACCACCGAUGAGCUGGUCUCUUACCUCGGUGAUGAUGAGGCCCGUGUCAUUGUCCUGAGCAAGACUUUUGACUUCACUGAUACCGAGGGCACUACCAGUGGUACCGGCUGUCUUCCUUGGGGCACUGGCUCUGGUUGCCAGGUUGCCAUUAACCAGGAUGACUGGUGUACCAACUACCAGCCUGAUGCCGCUACCACCAGUGUCACCUACAACACUGCUGGUGUGCUCGGUAUCACCGUUGGCUCCAACAAGUCCUUGAUUGGUGAGGGUACCAGCGGUGUUAUCAAGGGCCGUGGUCUGCGCAUGGUCAGCGGUGUUGAGAACAUCAUCAUCCAGAACAUCGCUGUCACCGACAUCAACCCUAAGUACGUCUGGGGUGGUGAUGCUAUCACCCUCAACGAGGCUGACAACGUCUGGAUUGACCACGUUACCACUGCUCGCAUCGGCCGUCAGCACUAUGUGCUGGGCACUGAAGCUGACAACCGUGUCUCUAUCACUAACAACUACAUCAACGGUGAAUCUGACUACUCUGCCACCUGCGACGGUCACCACUACUGGAAUGUGUACCUUGAUGGCUCCAGCGACAAGGUGACCUUCAAGGGCAACUACCUCUACAAGACUAGCGGCCGUGCUCCCAAGGUCCAGGACAACACCUACCUUCACGCUGUCAACAACUACUGGGACGAGAACUCUGGCCACGCCUUCGAGAUUGGUUCCGGUGGUUACGUCCUUGCUGAGGGUAACUACUUCUCCAACGUCGACGAGGUCCUCGAGUCCUCCUCUUUCGCGGGUGCCCUCUUCGCCGCCGACAGCGCUUCCAGCACCUGCUCCGACUACAUCGGUCGCUCUUGUGUCGCCAACGUCAACGGAGGCACCUUGACUGGCUCCUCCACCGACGUUCUGUCGAACCUGAAGGGUGAGACCCUCGCUACUGCUGACGGUGCCAGCACCAACCCUGCUGGCAGUGCUGGCCAGGGUAACCUGUAA